AUGCAGCUUCUACUCCCUUUACUACUCUUCCUUGUGUCCUAUGUACAAUGUUAUGGAGGCAUAGGUUUUGAUCCUCUUGGAAAGAUUUUAGAGGCUCAAAGGGCAAAGAGGUCAGCCAAUUUUGUUCCUGAAGCUUCAAAAUCUGAUUAUUCACCGGUCUAUAUCGGCCCUCAAGAUGGGUUGAAGGAAGCCAACAGGAUCACGGCCUUGCCAGGGCAGCCAAAUGGAGUGAACUUUGAUCAGUAUUCGGGAUAUGUGACUGUUGAUCCUAAGGCCGGUAGAGCACUCUUCUACUAUUUUGCUGAGUCCCAAAACUCUUCUAGCAAGCCUCUUGUGCUGUGGCUAAAUGGAGGACCUGGAUGCUCUUCAUUUGGAAAUGGUGCAAUGAGGGAGCUUGGACCAUUUCGGGUCAAUAUUGAUGCAAGAACUCUAUCCGAAAACAAAUAUGCAUGGAAUAACG